UCUCACGCACAAUAUUAUGUUUGGAGUUUAUCUUUGAUUGAUGACAAUCUUUAUCGUUAUCGUCAACUUUAAAAUGAAGAUCUGCGUUCGUGGUAUUAAUUGUGUCAAAGCCGUCUGUCUCCUUUUCACCGUCGGAUGAAAGCGAAUGCAGGAGGGACGGAGACGGAGUCACGGAGGAGGAAGUUCGUCGUCUCGACUCGUGGGUAGACCAGGGUAUACCACAUUAACCACAACAGCAAUAGCAGCAACGUCUUGGCUUUACUUCUUCUCCUUCCUUCUGUGCGAGUUGACUCGAUCGUCUUCUUGGUGAAGUUAGUCGUUAAUUAGUGCACUACUACUACAACAACAACAACAACAACUACUACUACUACUACCGCUGAUACUACAACACUAAUAUUCGCCGUCAUAAUUCGCGAAGUACCAUAUGCAGACUUGGUGAGUGAGAGGUCCUGGGAAAUUUAAGUUACAUUACAUAAUGAUCAAAAAGGAACUCUAUUCCUUGGUCUUGUUUUGAACUUGUGAGGACUGUCAUUCAUUUUAUUUUGCUAUUCUUCCAAACAGAGGGAAUUGCCGUCGGAUCCUAACUAGGAUUGAGUAUUGCACAUAGAACAUCUUGUGGAAAUGGAAGCUGAAGAAUCGUCAUCAUUGCUGCUACUCAAAGAAGAGAAGGAGGAUCUGGAGGAGGGUCCAACUGAAAACGCAGAUGACAACUCUUCGUUUGCAGACCCAUUCUUAGAAGUCAAGGCAGAACCGGAAUUUUUUGACUAUGGUGAUUUUAAUGUGAACUGUUCUUCCCAAUCUACUAUUAAGCGUGAAAAGGACAGCUCUCCAAGCUGUGAUGAUGAGAGUGGAAAGAAAAGUACCUGUAUUGGAGAGGAAAAUAGACAUUUGGGUAGAAGCAAGGCAGCAGGGAAGCAAUUAACUUGUGCUGAAUGCCAAAAGACGUUAUCAAGAAUUGACAAGCUGAAAUCCCACAUGAGAACUCAUACGGGAGAGAAACCAUAUACUUGCUCUGUAUGUCAAAAAAGUUUUUCUGUUUCAACUACUCUCAAACGUCACAUGAGAACUCAUACAGGAGAGAAACCAUAUACUUGCUCUAUAUGUCAGAAAAGUUUUUCUGUUUCAAGUAAUCUCACAAAACACAUGAAAACUCAUACGAGAGAGAAACCAUACACUUGCUCUGUAUGUCAAAAAAGUUAUUCUGAUUCAAGUGUUUUCAAAUAUCACAUGAGAACUCAUAAGGGAGAGAACGCAAAUACUUGCUCUGUAUGUCAAAAAAGUUUUUCUUUUUCAAGUGUUCUCAAAUGUCACAUGAAAACUCAUACAGGAGAGAAACCAUAUACUUGCUCUGUAUGUCAAAAAAGUUAUUCUGAUUCAAGAACUCUCAAAUGUCACAUGAGAAUUCAUACGGGAGAGAAACCAUAUACUUGCUCUGUAUGUCAAAAAAGUUUUUCUGAUUCAAGUAAUCUCACAAAACACAUGAAAACUCAUACGAGAGAGAAACCAUAUACUUGCUCUGUAUGUCAAAAAAGUUAUUCUGAUUCAAGAACUCUCAAAUGUCACAUGAGAAUUCAUACGGGAGAGAAACCAUAUACUUGCUCUGUAUGUCAAAAAUGUUUUUCUGAUUCAAGUACUCUCAAACGUCACAUGAGAAUUCAUACGGGACAGAAACCAUAUACUUGCUCUGAAUGUCAAAAAAGUUUUUGUGCUUCAAGUAAUCUUACAAAACACAUGAAAACUCAUACGAGAGAGAAACCAUAUACUUGCUCUGUAUGUCAAAAAAGAUUUUCUUUUUCAAGUGUUCUCAAAUGUCACAUGAGAACUCAUACGGGAGAGAAACCAUUUACUUGCUCUACAUGUCAAAGCAGUUUUUCUCAACCAAGUCAUCUCAAAAGACACAUGAAAACUCAUACAGGAGAGAAACCAUAUACUUGCUCUGUAUGUCAAAAAAGUUUUUCUAUUACAUGA